GUCAACGACAGCUUAGUGAGCACGCAAUAAGUACCAGAAAUCUUAUCAGUCUAUUUUUCAAUCACAACCCCAUCCUUGCCACUAGCUGCUAUACACGCAUCGCCAUAAUCAGACGCAUAGCUCACGCCAUUUCGACUCAUCCAUGCCUCCGUUAAAUUUGCAAGGACUCAAUCUUGUUCAUACUCCUGCUCCACAGGAUGCUCGUGACCUAUUAGCAUCCCCACCUUUCCCCGACUUCUCAGCCCACCUUGACCUGUGGACAAAUCUUUCUUUCGAAACUGAGGAGCCUGUCGCUCGUAACAAGGGAAAGAGAAAGUCGGUGGAUGAUUCGGAAGAUGACACCUCUGCUUCUCCUUUAGGCCUGCCUACUCAUGAUGGCCAUGAAAACGUCGUGCACCCUGCCAGCACUACCAUCACUCCUCAGUCCGAGGCCCAAGCCCCACAGCUUGAUCUAAAUGCGCUGUUGGCUGGAUUUGGGAUUGAUCCGUUCUCACUCCCACAAUUGGCACCAUCACCCGCGGAGAACGCGGCAGUCCCAUCGCUUGCGCAAUUGCUUGCCAUGCAUACUGCUCAAGGUGGAACAUACUCUGUUCCCCCUCCUCCUCCCGUCGUACAUGCUCAGCCUACCUCAGAGUCCGCUACUAAGCGGGCUCGUACUUUGAAAAGCUCAGGUACAGAGUCAUUCGACCCUGCAUCCCCGGCUUCGCCUACUGGGGAAGAGACCCAAGGUGAUUACCCCAGUCCAGUAUCCGCUGCUGAAGACAAGCGCCGCCGCAAUACUGCCGCUAGCGCACGGUUCAGAUUGAAGAAGAAGGAGCGGGAAGCGGCGCUUGAGCGACGGGCAAAAGAGCUUGAAGAACGUGUUGUGGAGUUGGAACGCGAGUGCGAAGGACUGCGUAGGGAGAAUGGGUGGUUGAAGGGGCUUGUGGUGGGCGUAACAGGCGCUAGUACCAAAUAGGGGGUCAAGGAACGGCGCAGCGCUGUUGAGCGACGAGUCUUCUGCUGAGUGGGGAUUAAACGCUCUCGGUGUUUGGCACCGGUGACUUCUUGCCAUAUCCCUUCGCGAGGUGAUGGUGUAUGAGGAGCUCGACCUUCUAUCGCACGGAGACGAUGGAGCAUCUUGUAGAGAC